AUGAAUUCUAAGAACUUGCUCGAGGUCACGCCGAAGGCACACUUGCUAGGAUUAAGAUUCAUGGUGAACCGCUACAAGGUGUCAAAGGUCUCAGGUAGGUCCGAGGCCUCGGAGGAGCGAUCGACGGUCAAGUGCUUGAAGGACUGGAGUACUUGGACGAUGAAGAAGGCCAAGGUCAUAACUCACUAUGGUUUCAUCCCCCUUGUGAUCAUCAUUGGCGUGAACUCGGAGCCAAAACCAACACUCUCUCAGCUCCUCACCCCCUUCUGAGCCGAAAUCUUGGAUGCCCAGAUCGCGGAAUAGGUUCAAUGCGGUGAUUUCUCUGUUGUUUCUCGUCGAUGGGUCGACACCUAUUCG